GAGAGCAAAAAGAAGUAGUGAGUUCUAAGAAUGGGCCAAACAAAACAAACUAUAAAAAGCAACGGAACAGAGCCACACAGAUCAACAGGACACGCGUGAUGAACAACGUGAAUGUCGUUCAUAGAAUCGGACGUUGUUGAAACAUUGUUCACAACGUUGUUGAUCACUUUCAUUUUAUCAACUGAAAACCCGUCAAAAUUUGAGGUUUCAUUUGGCCUACAUUAUUAAGAAACAAAUAUUGCUUUCAAACGUUUGCAACUGAGAUCAUAGAAUCAAUUAUCUCUUUUCAGCUUUUGGAAGACAAUGGCAGAGGAGGAUAUUCAACCACUCGUUUGUGAUAAUGGGACAGGAAUGGUUAAGGCUGGAUUUGCUGGAGAUGAUGCUCCAAGGGCUGUGUUUCCUAGCAUUGUUGGUCGACCACGCCACACCGGUGUGAUGGUUGGCAUGGGACAAAAAGAUGCAUAUGUUGGGGAUGAAGCUCAGUCCAAGCGUGGUAUAUUGACUCUAAAAUAUCCAAUUGAGCAUGGUAUUGUGAAUAACUGGGAUGACAUGGAGAAGAUUUGGCAUCAUACCUUCUACAAUGAACUCCGUGUAGCCCCUGAGGAGCACCCGGUUUUGCUCACCGAAGCACCUCUCAACCCGAAGGCUAAUCGUGAGAAAAUGACACAAAUUAUGUUUGAGACAUUCAACACGCCUGCUAUGUAUGUUGCCAUCCAGGCCGUUCUAUCGCUCUAUGCCAGUGGCCGUACAACUGGUAUUGUUCUGGACUCUGGAGAUGGUGUCAGCCACACUGUGCCUAUUUAUGAAGGGUAUGCCCUUCCACAUGCUAUCCUUCGUCUUGAUUUAGCAGGACGCGACCUCACUGAAGCCUUUAUGAAAAUCCUUACCGAGCGUGGUUAUUCCUUCACUACCACAGCCGAGCGUGAAAUUGUAAGAGAUAUGAAGGAAAAACUGGCUUAUAUUGCACUUGAUUAUGAGCAAGAGCUUGAAACUUCAAAAACAAGCUCUGCCGUUGAGAAGAGCUACGAGCUUCCUGAUGGACAGGUCAUCACCAUUGGUGCUGAGCGUUUCCGUUGUCCUGAGGUUCUUUUCCAGCCAUCCAUGAUUGGAAUGGAAGCUGUUGGCAUUCAUGAGACAACAUACAACUCGAUCAUGAAGUGCGAUGUUGAUAUCAGAAAGGACUUGUAUGGAAACAUAGUACUCAGUGGUGGUUCAACCAUGUUCCCUGGUAUUGCUGACAGAAUGAGCAAGGAAAUUACGGCGUUGGCCCCAAGCAGCAUGAAGAUCAAGGUGGUCGCUCCACCCGAGAGAAAAUACAGUGUCUGGAUCGGUGGCUCUAUCUUAGCUUCUCUUAGCACUUUUCAACAGAUGUGGAUUGCGAAGGCCGAAUACGAUGAAUCUGGUCCUUCAAUUGUACACAGGAAAUGCUUUUAAAAUGGUGCAGAGAAUGUUUUGGUGUAGGUACGGUGUUCUUUUUUGGCAAUGCAAUAGCACCUUGCAACCAUUGAUAAUUUUUGAAGUAUUUAUGUAAUGUUAGAACGGUGAAGGUUGAGUUACAAUGCAGUUAAUUCUUUCAUUUGUUUUGUUUUACCAAUUGGUAAUUGUUCAACAGGUGAUCUUUUGAUCUUUUAACUAUAAAUCAAAGACAUUUCAAUUUAUUUCUAAUUGCUUCUCCAUCAACAUAUUAUUCUAAUUAAACUGAUCAUGUUGGAUCCUAUAAUUUUAUACAAAAA